CACAGCGGAGCAGAUAUAUGAGUCAACUGAGACACCCAGUCUCUACAUGUGCUACAUGUGCAGCUCAAUGGAAAAUGUGGCUGUUCAAGGUCUUCAGUGUAAUAUAUAUGGUUGCUGUUUGUGCUUCUGAGGAAAACGAUGCAAGCACCUACAGUUAUCCAGAAAGCAAAUCAACAACACCUCCUCCUUUUGUGCCUCUGGUACCAGUUCUGGAGCGAACUUCCUCCUGGUCAGACGUCUUCUCUUCUGAGAAAGUAGUGCUAGAAUGUAGAACCACUAGCAGCUCGGAGCUGAUCUUCACAUGGAAGAAAAAUGGAAGCCCUCUAGGUUCCAGUCCAAAUUUGUCUCAGUUCCCAGAUAAGUCGGUGCUUACAAUCACAGCAACAUCACCACAAGAUUCUGGAAAUUACACCUGUGCAGUUGAGGGCAAAAAGAAGCCUAGUCAAACUAAAGAAAGUGGACCUCUCAACAUUCAAGUUUAUGCAAGCACACCCAAGCCCACACUUACACGAGAUUCACACUUUGGCGAGAUGUUCCCCAGCGAAUCCAUCACUUUCACCUGCAGUGUUCACGUGUCCUCUGGAUGGGAGUACCUGUGGUACCAUGGUCAAAACCAGAUUUCAGGAGUUAAUAUUAAUACGUAUACCAUAGAUUCUGUAACGACUCAAAAAAGUGGACAGUAUUAUUGCAAAGGCAAGAGAGGUCAGUUUGUUACAGAUUCAAGUGACAGCACAACUCUUAACGUUAUUGACCCACCAACACCACUUCUGCAGCUUCAGACUGCCUGGAAAGAUGUGUUUGAAAAUGAGGCAGUGGAAUUUCGCUGUCAAGUUGUCAGCAGCAGCCCUGGCUGGACGUUUACAUGGCACAGAAAUAAUCAGCAGCUCCAAAAUAACCCAGUUGAGACCAUUAAUGGAGACGGAGCAUCAUUAAAAAUCACCUCGGUCCAUCAAACACAUAAAGGAUCGUAUACCUGCAAAGCUCACCUUACAUCUAGGAGACUGAACUCUGGAUUCAGCAACGAGGUUAUGAUCCAAGUUAGGGAGAUUCCAGUUCCAACUAUAACAGAAACACCCAAGUGGGCACAUGUGUUCCCCACCGAGAGUGUGACGUUCAAGUGUGGGAUAGGGCAGGACAGCUAUAAUUGGAUAUAUACAUGGUACAGAGAUGGGACGCAGGUCAAUGCUGAUGGUACUGUGUCUUUUGAUGCGAAUGGAGCUGGUCUUUCCAUCAGCUCUGCUUCUGCUGCUCAUACAGGAAAAUAUAAGUGUAGUGGAAAAAUCCAGAACAGAGCUGUCACCAGCCAAACCAGUUCUGAUGUUUCUCUCACAGUGGAUGCUGAGAAACCCACUCUCAAACUGACACGAGAUCCAAACUACGAUGUGAUGUUUGCUGGAGAAUCGGUCACCUUUAGCUGUGCCAUCAGUGUCCAAUCUGAAUGGACGUACCUGUGGUACAAAGAUGGCAGUCCGGUUACUGGAUCAUCAGACAAACUUGCAGUUCCAAUUCGCGGAACAGAAAAUGGGGGAUCGUAUACGUGCAAAGCAACAAGAGGUCAAAAUCCAGCCUUCAUCACUGAUUCAAGUCCAUCUAAACAACUUCAAGUACAAGAAAACAAGCCUAGGCCCUCAAUAACUCAACAGCCAGAUGCUAAAAAGCUUUACGUUGGAGAAAGUGUGUCAUUUGAAUGCAAAGUUGAACACUCAGAUGGCUGGAGCUAUGACUGGUACAAAGGUGGAUCACCAAUUCUCACCAACAGCAACAAUUUAAAAAUGGAAAGACUCAUUUUGUCAAAUGGGGGAGUUUAUAAGUGCAAGGCCAAAAGAGAGAAAACAGGAUUCAACACAGAAUUCAGUGACCAGCGGACCUUAGAACUCUCUGAAAUUCCUGUUCCAACUUUGAAGCUAGUAACCAAAUGGCCAGAUGUGUUCCCCACUGAGAAUGUAAAUAUGAGAUGUGAGAUGCAGACGGACAGCGCUGACUGGACAUACGCGUUUUACAGAGAUGGAACUAAGGUCCAGGAUUAUAAUUCAGGAAAGGACACGAGAAGUCUUUCCAUCACCUCUGCUUCAACCUCAGACAGGGGAAGCUACAGCUGCUCAGGAAAACUGAAGAGCAGGGAUGUCAACAGCACCAAAGGUUCUCCACUAAAGCUUAAUGUCUAUGCUGAGAAACCCACUUUCACACUGACACGAGAUCCAGACUAUGAUGUGAUGUUUGCUGGAGAAUCGGUCACCUUCAGCUGUGCCAUCAGUGUCAAAUCUGAAUGGACGUACUCGUGGUACAAAGAUGGCAGUCCGGUUACUGGAUCAUCAGACAAACUUGCAGUUCAAAUUCAUGGAACAGCAGAUGGGGGAUCGUAUACAUGCAAUGCAACAAGAGGUCAAAAUCCAGCCUUCAUCACUGAUUUAAGUGCUCCUAAACAACUUAAUGUGCAAAAUGCACCGACAGUCACACUGGAGCAGAACCCAGCACAUAAUUUGUACUCUGACGAGUCUGUCUCCUUUAACUGUCACAUUAAUGUUUCCUCUGGAUGGAAGUAUCAGUUUGUGCUUCCAGAUGGCAGAGAGUUAGACUAUUCUGGAAGCAAACACAACAUCACUUCUGUGACAACAAAAGACUCUGGUUCAUAUAAAUGCAAAGUUAAAAGAGGAAACAUCUUCAGUUCAGACAACAAAGUAAAGCUCAACGUUGAAGAGCGCCCAAAGCCUUCUAUAGUCCUGCUAACUGGCUGGUCAGACGUCUUCUCCACUGAUAGCUUGAGUCUAAAAUGUGAAGUAAAGGAGAGCACGCACAACUGGAUGCAUUACACAUGGUUCAAAGAGGGGGAACAAAUCGAUUCAUUCAAUGUGACACAUACAGUAACUCCCAGCAAUGACCCAGACCAGAGUACUUACACUUGCCGUGCAUUUGCUGUUGAGAGACCCUUAUACUCAAAAUUCAGUGACUCUUUCAAGACCAAGAACCUUCUUUUAAAGAGGAGGGUGCUUCUUUCCAUCUCUGGCUGCAUCGUCUUUGGUAUCGCUGCGGUCUUUAUAGGAUGCGUGGCCCUGAGAGUCUUCCGCAAACCAAAUGGUCGUGAUGACAAAAUGGAAGAGGUCAACCUGUUUCCGACAAUGGCCGAGCUAAAGAUAACUGAUGUACCGUGUCCACUGGUUGAGUACAUCACUGAUGCCUCUCUGAAUGCACCAGCUAAAGAAGAAGAGGAGGAGAAUGGCACAGUUUGCAGUGAAACAACACCCUUACCAAUAACCAAGCAGGAGGACCAAGCUGCAACGACUGACAACCAGGAAACAACAGAAACCAACGGUGGGCUGAGUUCUUUUCUAAAUUGAGCCAAUGAAGAAGUCUUUGCAUCAACAACAUGCCUAUCAGUGAGUCAGCAGACUUACUUCAGCUCUGUGAGGCUUUAAUGGUCAGUGCACACCAGAAAACAACAUCUUUGUGCAAUCUAGUGAUGUGGCUGUCACAGGACAUCUGAAACUCUGCUGAAGAUCAUUAAGAUUGAUGUAAAAGAUUUUCGUUUUAGAUGUACUAUGUCAUGACCCGACAGCUGGAAACUCUUCAGGGCUAGAUAGAGUUUUUAAAAAACCCAACUACUGAAAAAAAAAACAUAUCAGCUUUCAUAAAAUAUGCAUGAACAGAUAUUUUAUACACACAUUACCAAAAAGCACAAAACUGUUGAGGAUUUAUGCAUCGUUUAAUUCACAUUGUUUGAAUGAAUUUGGUUUUUAAGGCACUGUUAAAUAGAAAAAAACAUUAUUUAUGAGCUGAACAUCAUUUAUAAUCACUGUUCAUUUUGAAUUGCUGUAUAUAUUUUACAUGUACAAUGACGUGGAGGAGAAUUUAUUCGUUGUUCUUCAGUUAGAUCUUCAGUUCUCUGAACAAGCAGCAGAUGUCAGCAGAUGUAACAUAAGCUGUGGUGUCCUCCAAAGUUUACUUUUACUGUAAUGAUGAAUGUCACUUUUGUUCUUUGCUUCUUGCUUUGUUUUCUAACCACUUGGAUGUUGAUUAGUUGAUGUAUUUAUGUAAAAAUUCAAGCAUUUUAAGUUUCCACAUGAAUUGUGUUAAUAAAAAGUAUAAAAUGUU